AGGUGAAGAUUGAAAUCAGUUCGAGAUGACCCAAAAGUUGGAAGCACAAGGGGCCUGCUUAGACUUCGAUACGUGGGAUGAUGGAUCCGACUAUGAUGGUGUAUCAAAGAUAUAUCUAGGAUGUGGACUUUAUACCAUACAUACUAUGUAUUUCGACUACGUCAAGAGUGGAAAAUCAAUAGAAGGGCCAUGCCGUGGUCUGCUGGUUAAUAAUGAAAUGGUUGAGAUCAACCUUUUCGAAAAUGAACAUCUUGUAUCUGUAAAUGGUGCUUAUUAUAACCGCCAGAAGGACCUUCAUUCACUUGUAUUCAACAGUAACUUCAGGACUAUUGGACCAUUUAAGAAGGCUCAUGUACCGUCGGGAUCUAAGGAGUUUACACUAGCAGUCAAAGGGAAGAAGAUCAUUGGGUUUCACGGAUCUGCUGCAAAUGCGAUUUACUCUCUUGGAGCAUAUUUCACUUGGAUUACUCCAAUUAGAGUGGAAACUAAGGGCGGAAAGGGAGGUGAACAGUGGGAUGAUGGAUAUGAGCAUGAAGAUGUAUCCAUGAUUCAAGUACAAGGUGGUUCUGGAGGCAUACAGUCCAUCCAAUUUAACUAUGUAAGGUCGAAUGAAGAAGUGAAACAAGGGCUACUCCGUGGUGUCUCUAGUGGAGGUAACACAAAAACGUAUGAGAUUAAGUAUCUCCAAGGAGAAUAUCUAGUAUCCGUUGAGGGUUACUAUGAUGAUGGUACAAGCGCCAUUCAGGGGCUUCAGUUCAGAACUAACACGCAGACAUUUGAAAUGAUGGGAUCUGCCAUGGGUAGGAAGUUCACAGUUGCAUCCAAUGGAAACAAGAUAACUGGGUUUCAUGGAUACGCAGACAAUACGGCGCUUAUAUCUAUUGGAGCAUAUUUCACGACGACUCGUUGUAAAUUGGAAUGCGUUGGUGGUGAUAUUAAUAUUGGAACAAGUUGGGAUGAUGGUUCUGGUUAUGAUGGCAUAAGAAAGUUUGUAAUCGAUUACCCAAAUGAAUUUAUCACGUCUGUGGAGGGGUCAGUAGAGAACGGCUUGUUUAGGUCGUUGACAAUAAAAACAUCAAAAGGGAGAAGAUCUCCAACGUAUGGAGAGUUUAAGGGAUCUAAAUUUGUGCUGGAGAAACCAGGUAAUAUCCUUGUUGGGUUCUAUGGAACGAGAUGUGAUGAUUCGAUUACUUCUCUUGGAGCAUAUUACCGACCAUUGCCUCCUCCUCCUGUUGAGGAGAAACUGGAAGAACAAGGUGGCAAUGGAGGCGAUAAUUGGGACGAUGGUGGUACUUUCCACCGUAUCAAAAGGAUAUACAUUGGACUAACCGAAAACAAAGCUAUAGGAUUUGUCAAGUUUAUGUAUGUGCAAAACGAUGAUCGUAUAGUCUUCGGUGAUGAUCAUGGGAGCAAAACCCUAUCUGAUAUCCAAGAGUUCACAAUAGGUGAUCCUGCGGAAUAUCUCACAUCAGUGGAGGGUGACUAUGAUGAUGAAUCUGGAGUUAUAACCAUGCUUAGGUUCAUUACCAACAAAACAAACUCACGAGUUUUUGGAGUCGGUACAACAUCAAGGUUCGUACUCCACAAGAGUGGAUACCAGAUCGUUGGGUUCCAUGGAAAAUCCAGUGACAUGCUUCAUCAAAUCGGGGUCCAUGUUCUUCCCAUCAGCGUUUAAUUGAGUUCUUUAAUGAUCUUUUCUGUGUUGCAUUUUUCUUUUUUUUGGUCAGACCUCAUUUUUCUGUGUUGCACUAUUCCGGCUUUUACAUUCUUGUUUUCUGUGUUUUCCCACAAUCUCAUUUAAUAAGACAGUUUUUCAAUUCAAUCUCUAUUUUCUCCAAAAAUAUUUAAGACAUUAUGGAAUGUCAGUGUCAC